UACCAUCCAUGUAAAGUGAAAACUAAAACACUGGUGAUUCUAGAAAAAUGGAUUUGAUUACAGACCUAUCGCCUCUGAGUCCGGGACUGAUAGACGAAUUGGAAGCGUUCAUGGCCCCCGUCGGCGAGGGAUGUUACCCGCCCCCGCCGCUAGACGCGCGCCGCAUUGGGGGCCACCAAUUACCAGAAAGUCCACCAGAUUCCGGCUCAGAGAAUCCAUACAGUCCAGAAACCCAGGUGUCGCACACCAUAGCGGUCUCCCAGACCGUGCUGGGCGCGGACUACAUGCUGGUGCCCGAGCACAUCAACCACGAGAUACUCCACAACGACUACAUCUACGAGGAGCUGAAGGACGACGAGGCUCUGAGGACCGACCUCAACGAUGUGGUCGUCCUGCCCCAGGACAACAUGGACCUGGGGCUACGGACGGUCCGGCACGACCUGGCCAUUGACCAGUACAGGUAUCCUGAGCUGGACCAGGGGAUGCUGAACCCGCAGCUGGUGACUCUAGACCAAGAGCCCCUCACGCCGGUCUACACGAGUCUCCAGGAGCCCAGCGGCAAGAAGAGAAAGCUGACGGAGAGCUCCCAAGUCAAGUGUGAACCUGCGGCGCUGUCGCCGGAGAUCUCCGCGCGGCCGCCGCCGUCGGUGGACGGUUCGGAGGCGGGGGAUGACUCGCCACUCCAGUGCAUCCGGUUCGUGCUAUUCCAGCAGAACACCUGGCACGCGCUCUACGACUGCAAUCUCAAGAUACUCCCCCCACCGUCGUACAUAGUCGGCGCCGACAAGGGGUUCAACUUCUCGCAGAUAGACGAGGCUUUCGUCUGCCAGAAGAAGAAUCACUUCCAGGUGACCUGCCAGAUCCAGCUGCAGGGGGAGGCACACUAUGUCAAGACCGCAGACGGAUUCAAGAAGAUCAAUAACUUCUGCUUACACUUCUAUGGGGUUAAAGCAGAAGAUCCAAAUCAAGAGGUCCGGAUAGAACAAAGCCAGUCGGACCGAACGAAGAAGCCUUUUCAUCCAGUGCCCAUAGAGCUGCGUCGCGAGGGCGCCAAGGUGACAGUGGGGCGGCUGCACUUCGCGGAGACGACCAACAACAACAUGCGCAAGAAGGGGCGGCCGAACCCCGACCAGCGCCACUUCCAGCUGGUGGUGGCGCUGCGGGCGCACACCGCGCACGCCGACUACAUGAUCGCCGCACACGCCAGCGACAGGAUCAUCGUCAGGGCGUCGAACCCCGGGCAGUUCGAGUCGGACUGCGGCGAGGGGUGGUGGCAGCGCGGCGCGGCGGAGAACAGCGUGCACUACAGCGGCCGCGUCGGCAUCAACACCGACAGACCGGACGAGGCCUGCGUCAUACAUGGUAACCUGAAAGUGAUGGGUCACAUAGUGCACCCGUCGGACGCGCGCGCCAAACACAACAUCGAGGAGCUCGACACCGCGCAGCAGCUCAAAAACGUGCAGAACAUCAGGGUCGUCAAGUUCAAGUACGACUCGAUGUUCGCGGCGCACUCCGGCCUGGUGGGAUGGGAGGCGCGAGGGGGCGGAGCGGCGGACACGGGUGUGCUGGCGCAGGAGCUGCGCGCCGUGCUGCCCGACGCAGUGCGCGAGGCCGGCGACGUCACGCUGCCCAACGGCGACACCAUACCGCAGUUCCUGGUGGUCAACAAGGACCGCAUCUUCAUGGAGAACCUGGGCGCGGUUAAGGAGCUGUGCAAGGUGACGGGACACCUGGAGUCGCGCAUCGACCAGCUGGAGCGCAUCAACCGCCGCCUGUGCAAGCGCGCCGUGCAGCGACGCGACAGCCAGAGAUCUAGCGGCAGCGAAGAUUCGAGAUUCUCUGGAAUAUCAAAUAUGUCAAAGUCACUUUACAGCGAUGGCAACAUCACGAUAGACCAAAUACGUGACAUAGCCCGGAGUAUUCGCAAGCAGGAGUGUUGCCAUAAACUCAGCCACAACUCCCCCAAGUUCACCCGGAAACAGUGCAAACAUUGCCAAGGGAAUAGCUCCAAGUACGGCAAAUAUUAUAAUUAUAACAAAACGAGCGCCAAAUGCUCUAAUAAGUCGGAUAAGUUCGAGACAGAAAGCAACUACCCAACUUAUGUCAGUACCUUGGAUUCGAACAUAGAUAAGUUGCCAGACGAAAAUUUCAGCACGAUAUCAAGGAAGAAGAACUCUUGUAUAUGGCUGAGAGAUGACAGCUUAUAUGGCAACUCCAAGCUGCCGUUUUGCUGCCGAAAAUACAAGUAUGAUGAUCCAAGCGGAGAGUUAAUAUCAAACAAAUAUCUACAAAUUAUAAUCACAAUCCUUAUUUUUGUCAUGGCUGUUUGUCUGGUGGUGAUGUCGGCGCUGUACUUCCGCGAGCACCAGCAGCUGGUGAGCCUGCGCGAGAGCCGCACGGAGAAGGCGCCGCGCGCGCCGCCCUACAAGCAGCGACCCACAGACCUCAACCGUAUACAGUCACUAAAAUCUGCCCAACAUUUGCCUUUGAAGAAAACAGCAAAAGAGAAAGGCACGCACAAGACGACGCCGGAGUACGUGACGUCGACGCCGGACGCGUACGCAUCCAUGGCCGCCCUGCACGCCACCAAGAACUACGUCAAGAGUGUGCUGCACAUGGAGGCGAGUUCCCCGCGGCCGGCGGCGGUGGUGUCGGCGUCGCGGCGCGCUGACGUCAUCGGCCGCUGCGACGCGCUGCGCAGCGACAACGAGCUCGACGCCGACUGCCAGUCAUCCUGUGGACUCGACACACCUCAGAGCUACGACAGCCAAGAGCCGUUCGAAGCCAACUCGGACAAGGAAGUGAACGAAACGAGGCCCCCGGAGCCUCCCAAAGACAAGGUACCGCUCACCCCAGUCAUCCCAGAGAAGAACAACUCGGAUCCCGAGCUCGGACCCAACGCACUCAAACUGGAGAAGGAAUCCUUCAAACUAAAGGAGGAGAAUUUGGCGGAAUCAAACUACGUGAUACCGAACAAAAACAUCACUGAAUCGAGACUGAAGAGAGAGGUCAGAGAGACCAACCCGGAGGAUAUCAUUGUAGAACAGUCUGAGGAAUUAAGUCCACAAGAGUGCGAGCACGUGUGGGUGGGCGCGGCGCACAACUGCACGCUGUGGGGCGAGACGGUGUGCGCGCACGCCCGCUACAACUACACGUAUGCGCUGCCGCUCGCGCCCUGCCUGCACGCCACGCACCUUGACAUACACUUUAAGACAGCGAAGCUUAAGGACGUGCGGCUGUGCGAGUUGUCGUGCAAGUUCGAGGCGGGGUGCGACCGCGAGCGCGCCAAGCCCGCGCCCGCCGGCGACGCGUGGGCCGCGCGCGUGCCCGUCGACUGCAACACCGACCGCCGCAUGAAGAUACGAGCCAGCUUCACGCCGCUCAAGGAACUAUGUCUCAUCAGCCAUGACAGCAAAACGCCCUUCAUAGAGUUCAACAUACACAUAUACAGAGACUGCCGAAAUUAGUUUGAGUACUACCUUUAUAUUUAAAUAUGUUCUCUCCUUUCAAAACAUCAAAUUUUUUAUAGUAAUUGUAGGAACAGCGUAGUUUUUGUAUAAAUGGCUUAAAAUGUUGUAGUAUAUGAUUAUAUCCAACAUUUUAAGCAAUAAAUUCCAAAAAUUGCUUUCACACUGACUGCCGCACCCAGAUUUCAAUUUAAUGAAGAGUUUGACAGAAAAUGUAAACGGAGC